CACAAAGACGGGACCGUUUCAACCCUUGCGGUCGCGAACGGAACUCCCCGUCCACGCGUGGCAUCGCUCGAGUGCCCGCAUCUCUUUUGUUACACGUUAUUGGAUGAUGAACGAAAAUAAGCGAUGGUUAACGGAGACGGGUUUGAGGGUCCGAGUGUAUGUUUGUGUUAAAAAGUGAACCGCCUCUUCCCUCAUCUCAACCGUCCCCUCCCUCAAGAACCCCCCCUUUCCCAAUAGCCUUUUGUGUUCACGCACGGUGCCCUACACUGUGACUGCAUUCCUGUUUCGUUUACUAUCGACUCGCUUAAAAACGUCCGCGUUUGAGAUCUCCACGAGAAAGUGGCACAUUCGCGUGGAAAUCUACUUCGGAGACUUGGGUUGGGGAAAUAUAAGCGGCGCGUCCGGGUUCAUUCAUACUUUCAUACGUCCACUCACCUUUGGCGGAUAAGGGGGAAGUGGACACAAAGAUAUUUCGUUCAAGCGUGAAAUGGAUUAAGUCCCAUCGAGGAAAGCUGGAGCACCACAGACGAACCAAGAGAAGGAGAAGGGCUCGGAGGGAGUCGUUGAAUUUUCAACAUCAACGUGAAAGAGAUUAUACUCGGCCAAUCCCCAAAAUGUCUCCAAAAGACAAGCCUAAGAAGAAACUUCCCAAAGACAGCAUGACAUUGCUGCCCUGCUUCUAUUUUGUGGAGCUGCCAAUUGUUGCAUCUUCCAUGAUCUCCCUUUACUUCUUGGAGCUGACAGACAUUUUGCAGCCAGCCAAAGUAGGGUACCGUUGUCAUGACCGCACACUGAGUAUGCCCUAUGUGGAAACGGGAGACGAGCUCAUUCCUCUGCUCAUGCUGCUCAGCCUGGCCUUUGCUGGCCCUGCAGCGUCUAUCAUGCUCGGAGAGGCCCUGAUGUACUGUAUGCAGUCCAAGCUGAAGAUUCACUCGGGUUCUGAAGGAAGUAUAAAUGCAGGAGGGUGCAACUUCAACUCUUUUUUACGCAGGACAGUCCGUUUUGUGGGUGUUCAUAUGUUUGGGCUGUGUGCCACUGCUCUGGUUACUGACGUUAUCCAGCUGGCCACUGGCUAUCAUGCACCCUUCUUCUUAACCGUAUGCAAACCCAACUACACCCUGCCUGGUGUGGCAUGUGAUAUAAACCCCUACAUAACCCAGGACAUCUGCUCAGGCCGGGACCAGUAUGCCAUUCUGUCAGCCAGGAAAACCUUCCCCUCCCAGCAUGCCACUUUGUCUGGCUUUGCAGCCGUCUACAUAUCCAUGUACUUCAAUGCCACAAUCUCAGACAGCACCAAACUGUUGAAGCCCAUGCUGGUGUUUGCAUUCGCCAUUGCUGCAGCCCUGGCCAGCUUAACCCAGAUCACCCAGUACCGAAGUCACCCCAUCGACGUCUACGUGGGCUUUGUGAUUGGAGCUGGCAUUGCUGUUUACCUGGCAUUAUAUGCAGUGGGGAACUUUAAAUCUACUGAAGACACUCCCCCUAAGCCAAUAAAACAGCCCAAACCUCCACAAAAAGAUCCUCUGCGAGAGCUAACACAACGUGGCCAUGACUCGGUCUACCAAAAAGCCCAUGCUUCUGAGAGCAACGAUGAAAUAUCCGCCCCGCCACAUGUAGCCAGCCUGAACCGUAAGGUGCGUCGAGAGAAGGCCUCCAUUGGCAGCCUAAAGAGAGCCAGCGCGGACGUUGAGCUACUGGCUCCUCGCAAUCCAAUGGGAAAGGAGACCAUGGUGACUUUCAGUAACACCUUGCCCCGCGCCAGCACCAACGCUAUGGAGGAGCCCGCUCAACGUCACAUGACCUUCCAUGUGCCAAUGGAUUCACAGCGUUCGAAAAAGUUGGUGUCCGAAUGGAAGCAGAAAUCAAUGGAGAUGCGCAGUCUUAGCCUGCGGGACGAAGAAGAGGAGGAAGCCACUGUGGAGGGAGCUGAGGGAAGCGAAGGGGGAGUUGAAGAGGAGAUGGGCAUGCCCACCUCCCUUUAUCCUACCGUGCAAGCCAACAGUGGAGCAGCAGUGACGGCAGCAGGGGGUACUAGGGUGAUGGUGCCCCAGAGACCUGGUGCUCCACAGUUAGUUCACAUCCCUGAAGAAGCCACAAGACCACCACCUGUGUCACCCAAAAGCGCAACCACACGGGCUAAGUGGCUCUCCAUGACAGAAAAAGGAGGACCAGUACCAGUUCCCAUGCCAGAACCUCCACGAUUGCCCAACCAGCCUCGGGUUAUGCAGGUCAUUGCCAUGUCUAAGCAACACAGUCCGGUUACCACACCCAAGUCUUCUGAGACCGGCUCCUCUUGUGCCACCUCCAGCACAGGCUCAGAAUCUCCAUACUACCGCAUCCCUUCUGAGCGAGACAGCGCCAGCAUCAUCACAGUAGACGCCCAUGCCCCUCACCACCCAGUGGUGCGUCUUUCUUCGGGCAAUGGGAACACCUGGGACUGGAGGAGCACCUCCAACGGCAAGACUGAGGUUCACGAGACAAGCCGAACUCUGCCCAGGCAGGACUGCUUGCGUGAUUAUCGUCCCAUCAAAACAGAGUCCCUGUGCUCAUUUACCUCUGAACCUGACCCAGGAAUCCUGCCUCCCCCACCUCAUCCCGACCUGCUGUUGGACAGCAACCUCAGCCGAGAUUCGUCCCUCCAACGCAUGUCCUCCAUCUCAUCUAAAGACUGGGAGCUUGGACAGCCUCACCCAGAACCUGACCACUUCUUUAAGAGCUUGCAAGCAAACAGAUCAUUUAAAGACUAACGUGUGUACUGUAGGCCAAAGCAGGGACUCUACAUACUUAUUUCUGGAGAAAUACAAUGUGAAUAUUUUUAGGCGGGUGGUGAAAAGGCUGGCUUUUUGGUUAUCUCACAUUGAGCAUCUGGGGUGGAUUAGUGCAGAGAAGCACCAGAAGGCUCACACAGACUUGAGGGGCCAAUUGUGAGUCUCUGUGAAGAAAGCAGCCACACAAAUCUGAUUAGCUCAAAGGAAUUGACAAAGAUUCAACCAAGUGAAUUUCAAAUUCAAGCUGUAAUGUAUCAAUUUAUCACAUUUCCUUCAUCCCCACCUUCAGAAAUGCACAUGAAAAUGUGCCACUUUUAAGAUACUCUGACACAUUGAGGGUAUUUAUCAUGUGUCAGGAUAAGCUUAACCAUAUUUCUGUUUUAGAGUUCACUAUAAACCUGGAUAUACAUUUUAUUGUACAAGAGGAACUCAUGUUGCAGUUCUUAAAUGAUUCAAUCGGAUAAAGAACCGAGUCAAUUUUAUUAUAGGCUGAAAAUGGACAGGUUAGAGUUCUCAUCACAGCUUUUUUGUGCAUUUUAAAGGGAUGGUUCACCCAAUAAUUAAAAGUUUGUCAUGAAAGAAAUUAUAAAGUGAUUUUCCUACUAUGGUUGUCAGUGGAGUCCAAGAACGGUUUGGUUAUAAGCAUUUUCCAUAUCAUCAGAACAAAGAAAUGUAUACAUAUUUAGAACAACUCCAAGGUGAGUAAAUGAUGACAGAAUUUUUAUUCUUGGGUGAACUAUACCUUUAAUGAACGCUUUUCUGCGUAUCAGUUUUAUGUAGGCCUAGUCACUUUCUGCUUUUUAUAUACUCUUGCUUGUUUGUGUGUAUUGCAUGUGUGUUUAUUUAUGUGUCUUUCUGACCUUGAAUGGACUGUAACAUGUCUGAAGGGAUGGCCUCUUUCAUUUUGCCGCCCAGUGUUGAAAUUUUUGUAACAAACUUUGAAAAAUAAAAUUGUAAUAAUA